AAAAAAUCAAAUAUGAUGAAGAAUGAAGAAACGAAUUUUAAUGUGGACAGUACGCGAGCCUCUCCCUUCUCCCGCUGCCUGCAGCCACUGAGCCCUGUUACAAAGGCACACAGAACAACUCCAUUUGGUGAAGAAUUCAGACCACACCUCUCACAUUUCCGCUAUGGCCCUCCUCCUCUUGGAGACAUGGAAACAUUCCAGGGGUCCUUGGAAGGAGGGUCUCGGAAACGCAAGAGCAUGCCAACAAAAAUGCCUCCUUCUAUCACCCUUGAGGGUUCCUCAUUGCCACCAGACAGACCUGAAGAUCACAGUGACAUAGGCUCUUCCAGUCUCCCCAUGGUAUUCCAACCACCAACACAGCCAAAGUAUAGUUCCCAGAUGAUUGACCUCUGCAACUUUGGUUUUCAGUUCUACAGAACUCUAGAACACUUUGGAGCCAAGCCUAUUAAGCAAGAGCCAGUGAAGCCUAACAUGACAUGGCCCAGUAGCCCAGCAUUCGUGCAGCCUCCUUACCCUUAUUAUCCUAAAGUCCACCCUGGUUUAAUGUUUCCUUUUAUUGUGCCACCAAAUUUUCAUUUCAGGAACCCCUUUCAAAUGAAAAGACCUCCAGAGCCACCCUUCAGGAGGGCUGAAGUAAGAGAAAGUGGUGAAAAUAAACAGAAAGUGGAAAGAGUAGACGUCAACCUUCAGAUAGAUGACAGUUACUAUGUUGAUGUAGGGGGUGAACAGAAACGCUGGCAAUGUCCCAUGUGUGAGAAGUCCUAUACAUCCAAGUACAAUUUGGUCACCCAUAUCUUGGGGCACAGUGGCAUUAAGCCACAUGCUUGCACCCGCUGUGGCAAGCUUUUCAAGCAGCUGAGCCACUUGCACACACAUAUGUUGACCCACCAGGGCACUCGGCCACACAAGUGCCAGGUGUGCCACAAGGCUUUCACUCAAACCAGUCACCUUAAGAGACACAUGAUGCAACACAGUGACAUCAAGCCUUACAACUGCAGGAUCUGUGGGAGAGGUUUUGCCUACCCCAGCGAGCUGAAAGCACAUGAGUCUAAGCACGAGAGUGGCCGAGAGAACAUUUGUGUGGAGUGUGGUCUGGACUUCCCAACCCUGGCCCAGCUGAAGAGACACUUAACAACCCACCGUGGCCCUAUACAGUACAGUUGCACUGAAUGUGAUAAGACCUUCCAGUACCCGAGUCAGCUGCAAAACCACAUGAUGAAGCACAAAGACAUCCGCCCAUACAUCUGCACUGAAUGCGGCAUGGAGUUUGUGCAGCCCCACCAUCUCAAACAGCACUCUCUAACUCACAAGGGUGUGAAAGAGCACAAAUGUGGAAUUUGUGGCCGGGAGUUUACUCUGCUGGCCAACAUGAAACGACAUGUCCUGAUCCACACCAAUAUCAGAGCCUAUCAAUGCCAUUUGUGCUUCAAGAGCUUUGUGCAAAAGCAGACUCUCAAGGCCCAUAUGAUUGUUCACUCUGAUGUCAAACCCUUUAAAUGCAAGCUGUGUGGAAAGGAAUUCAACAGAAUGCACAAUUUAAUGGGACACAUGCACUUGCACUCGGACAGUAAGCCUUUCAAGUGCCUCUACUGUCCCAGCAAAUUCACCCUGAAGGGAAACCUAACCAGGCACAUGAAGGUCAAACAUGGGGUCAUGGAAAGAGGAUUUCAUUCUCAAGGUUUUGGAAGAGGAAGAAUUGCUCUGUCCCAGACAAAUGUCUUGAGAAGCUUGGAACAGGAAGAGCCCUUUGAUCUUUCCCAGAAAAGCCAAGGGAAGGGAGCCUCAUUUCAUUCAGAUGGUGAGAGUGCCAAGGGAAGCUCAUGCCAGGAAGAAGAGGAAGACAACUGCUAUGAGGCAGAGCGGUACAGCCCUGCCAUGUACCACCCUGAUGAUGAUGACGACAAGAUGUACUUGGCCCAAGAUCUGUCUGGCAAACCUGAAUGCAUGAUGAAGAACUUCAGAGAGCCCUACUGCAAUGAGAAGGAAGAAGUUGUAAGUGAGGGAGGACUGGAGAAGAGAAUAGAAAAUGCAGACAAACAGGAGAGCCAAGGAGAGAGAGACCUUGCAAACAACAAAGAACACCUCAACUUCAGAUCCUUUGAAAAGGCCAGACUUGGCCACUCUCUCUCUGAUUACUUGUAUUUCAAGCACAGGAACAAGAGUUUGAAAGAAUUGCUGGAAAGAAAAAUGGAAAAACAAACAAUGCUUAUAGGCCUUUAA